GCUGGAUCAGUAACUAAGUAACAGCCGCAGCAGCAGCAGCAAAAUAAACUCCAAACCACCACCACCACCAUCCACCCACGCACCCCACACUGCGCUCUCGCAGUCCACAUCCAGCCAGCGACAUGUCAGCAUCCAAGUCUCCGGCUCUCGUGUCGGCCCGAUGGCUGUUCGAGAACAUUUCUCCAUCACCACCGUCUUCAUCACCACCAUCAUCACCACCACCGCCACUUGGCCCGGUGCUCGUACUCGAUGCGUCGUGGUACAUGCCGGGUAUGGGCAGAGAUGCCCACCAGGAGUUCGCCGACGCUCGCAUCCCAGAUGCCGCUUUCUUCGACCUGGAUGAGAGCAGCGACCGGGAGUGCCCCUUUGGCUUCCACGCCAUGCCGACCGCCGCAGCCUUCACCCUCUUCGCCCGCGGUCUCGGCGUGUCGGCCCGCUCGCACGUCGUCGUCUACGACGGCAACAGCCCCGACCCCACGGCAGCCCGCGUCUGGUGGAUGUUCAAGGUGUUCGGCCACGGCGCCGUGUCGCUGCUGGACGGCGGCCUCGAGGCGUGGAGGGCCGGCGGCUUCCCGCUCGAGACGGGGCUCCCCAAGGCUCCGGCGGCAUCUGGAGGACGACUCGGAGAUGGGGGACAUCCUGGAGGUGGAGGAGCAGGAGGAGAUGGUGACGGUGCGUGGCUCUUCCACGCCACCGAGCCGCCGCCGGGGCAGCUGAAGAGCUUCGAGGAGAUCCGAGACAACGUGAGCAGCAAGGAGUUCGUGCUGGUGGACUCGAGACCUGAGGGCAGUGUCACGAGCAGCGAGCCGCAGCUACUGCCAGACUUCUCUUCCAGCCACAUACCUGGGUCGGUGUGCAUGCCUCUCAGCAACGUCAUGGACCCGCACACUGGCCUGAUGCUCGGCGUGGACGCGCUGCGGGCAGAGUUUGAGCGGCGCGGGGUGCCCCUGGAGCGUCCCUUCGUGGCCACGUGCAUCUCGGGGGUCACGGCGUGCGUGCUGCUGCUGGCAGCUCACCUGUGCGGCGCGCCCGACGGAGCCCUCUACGACGGCUCGCUGCUCGAGUGGACAGCGCGCGCGCCCGCCGAGGACAUCGCGACGGGGCCGGGGCGAGACGGAGCGCGGCCCGAGGGCGACGCUUAAACGGAAGGGCGGCUGAAGAACGCGGGCGGGGAUUUUGAAACCGCGACGCUUGAACGGCGGUCGCGUCGUGCGGGGGUCAGAUCCACGGGUGCGGCGUUGUUUAAAGACACGGAUCCGCGCGUCGCGAUUGUCGACGUUCGUAAUAUUUGCUGGCGGAAUUUAUGUCCGCGAAAUGACAAAUCCGGUAGUUUAAACUGCACAGCUGUUAUCCAUGAAAUCGACGCUUUGUUAACUUUUUUUACGGAGUAAUUGAUGGCAUAGCAAUUAUAUGACCUGAUCAUUUCCACAGUCAGUUAUAUUUUGAAUUAUUUUCAGUAUUGCUGGCAACAUGUUCGUCAUAAGCAAGAUACUGUAUAUUGCAAUUAUUACGGAAAGCUAUAUGGCUGGCUUAUGCUGAAUAAACUGUAGUUGAAAGGCUCUUCAGACAUCUUUAUUUACAAUACAGUACAUCAAAGCACAAAAACAAAAUAAACGUGUGGAAGAAACUUACAAUGGUAUGCGAAAUUCAGAUUGUGAUGACGUUCAUCACGUCAUGAAAUCGGAUAAAGCGCCGUGAGAUAUUCUAUCGCGGCAACCCAACUAAAAUAUAACCUUACUAUUUGGUUAUUUCGGUAAAGUCACGUAGAAAGAAAAUAAAUUAAAUAAUCGAAUAUGACGUUUCGAUUGCAACACAAGCAAUCGUCAUCAGGUACGAAUGAAAGAGAAAA